GGGCUGGGUAGGCAAAGAACUCCAAGGGGUGUGGGUGGCUGCCCCCUGCUCUUGGGUAUUUCUGUGUGCUUUUUCUGCAGUCAGGUACCCGGCCCGGGAUGGCAGCUCUUUGGACUCCAAAACCCCAGAGUCUGUGAAAUCUGAGCUCAGGCAACCUUCACCCACCAGGGAGAUGGGAUCACAGCCGUACCAUUAGGGACACCCUUGCCUCACGGGGGGCUGUGCUGCAGCCCCCUGGCUCACAGCCGGGGAGAGAGCCUCCUCAGGGCUCCCUUCUGCCCAAAGCCGGACCCAGCUUGCCCCACGGCAGGUAUGAACCAGACACAGGUGACGGAGUUUGUGCUCCUGGGUUUUUCCCACGGCCGGCCCUUCCUCUUUGCUCUGUUCCUGGCCAUUUACCUGGCCACGCUGCUGGGCAACUCUGUGAUACUCUCCCUCGUGUCCCUGGAUCCCCGCCUCCACAGCCCCAUGUACUUCUUCCUGGGUCACCUGUCCUGCCUGGACCUUUGCUACUCCUCAGUGACGGUGCCCAAGAUCCUGGCGAACGCUCUGCGCCCGCGGGCCACCAUUUCCUACGGGGGGUGCCUGGCGCAGAUGUUCCUGCUGAUGUGGUGCGCGGGGGCCGAGUGUGCGCUGCUGGCCCUCAUGGCCUACGACCGCUUUGCCGCCGUGUGCCAGCCGCUGCGCUACCGCCAGGCCCUGCGCCGCAGCGUCUGUGCCGCGGCCGCCGCCGGCUGCUGGCUCUGGGGGCUGCUGGACUCGGCCUUGCACACGCUGCUGGCCGCCCGGCUCUCCUUCUGCGGGGCUGCCCGGCUCCAGCACAUCUUCUGCGACGCGCCGCCGCUGCUGGCGGCCGCCUGCAGCGACACCCGCCCCAACCAGCUGGCCCUCCACAUCUCCAGCAUCUUCGUGGGACUCAGUCCCUUCCUGCUCGUCGUCGUCUCCUACCUGUGCAUCCUGGCCACCGUCCUUGGGAUGCCGCUGGCCACCAGUCGGCGCAAGGCCUUCUCCACCUGCUCCGCACACCUGAUCGUGGUCACCCUGUACUUCGUGGCAGCCAACCUCAACUACAACCGGCCCAGCUCGGGUUACUCGCCAGCAGCCGACACGCUGGUCUCUGUGCUCUACUGCAUCGUCAUCCCCAUGCUGAACCCCCUCGUCUACAGCCUCCGCAGCCGGGAGGUGUGGGGGGCGCUGCGGAAGGCCCUGCGGGUGGGUGCCACGCCAGGCUCCCCAGGCAGCAAUGCCUGA